UGUGAAAGUGUAGUGAGCCGGGUAAAGCACUGCAGGCGGCGCGAAGCUGAGGCUGGAGGAAGAAGAAGAAGAAUAAACAUGGCGUCUGGGUGUGCGUGGUUCCUGGUGCUGGUGUCGGUUUUCAUUUGCAAUUUCAUGAAAAUACUUCUCCCAACAGUGUCGUCCUUUCUGUCCAGAGUGGUCCAGAAAGAUGCGGAGCAGGAGAGCGAGAUGAGGACAGAGAUCCAGGAGAUGAAGAAGGAACACUCCUCUAUUAGCAUGAUGGACGAGUUUGCUAGAUAUGCUAGAUUGGAGCGUAAAAUCAACAAAACGACGGACAAAUUGAAGACGCAUGUGAAAUCAAGAACUGCACAACAGGCUAAAAUGAAAUGGGUUGUGAACAUACUGUUUUAUAUUUUACAGGCGGCCCUCAUGAUCUCUCUGAUUUGGAAGUACUACUCUGAUCCUGUGACAGUGAUUCCCAGUAAAUGGAUUGCUCCUGUGGAACGCCUGGUGGCUUUCCCAACUGGAGUAACAGGUGGCGUGGGAAUCACAUGCUGGCUGGUUGUCUGCAACAAGGUUGUCAGUCUUGGUCUCCAUGCUGUCAGCUAGGUCAUCAGAGGGUUCUUCCAAUGUAACCUGACUUUUUUUGAGGGCGUAGCUCCCAAUUGUGCUUUCUAAAAACUGUCGCAUUUGGUGGACCAAGUAAGAAGGAUAUGAAAUGUUAAAGCUAUAUGGAUUUACCCUUUGAUGGACAGUCCAUGUUUAUUUUUUAUUUUUGCAUAAUUUUAUUGCUCAAUUAUGCUGUUGUAAUUUUUUUUUUUAAAUGAUUUGAGUUGUAUGUAAACAAUGUGAAUUUUUUUUAUUUAUUUGAUAAUAAAUUAAUGCUUUGCUGGGAAGUGGAUACUCUUAGCUGCCUCCAACAAAAACCAAAUCACCUAACGUGAACACAAAGUAAAUGCCUUCGGGGAGGGUACACAGACAGGGUACCCUAGUGUCAACAAUGGCAGUGUUUAUCCAGCCUUGGGUCUUUCUCACUGUCUUGCCCUUAAUAGGUCCAUGGUCUGGCCACCCACUGAAUUAUCAAUCCGAUUGUACACAACCCUCAUAGGGUUCCUCUUCCUGUCCUUUUCUUACUUUCCUUACUCUGAGGUUCCGUAGUAGUUUCAGGACGGGGGCUGUUACCAUGCAGCAGGCUGUUGGAUGAGGGCUUCUGAACCAUCGUGCUGAAGAGCUCUAGCUGCACCUCUCCAAAUCCAUCUAGGGUGCUCAGGUUUAGGCGGCUGUAAGCUGACUUCCCAGAGUGGAGGUUCUUGAUGGUUUGUUCGAAAGUAUAGCGGCAUUCGAUACUGGGGGAUUUGUAUGGUGUGCCUUUAGGUUAGGGGCUAUUUCGGAGGGCUGCCUAGGGGUCUUUGAGCUGACUUUCCUGUGCAUCUGUGUGUGUGCUCUCUUUCUAAUCCAGGAGGGGGUUGGCUGCCCAGCUAUUUUCAUUAUCAGCAGACAGAGUCAGCGGCUAUGGGAUUUCCGGGUCUGAAAACUCAAUCCCGUUUGAGUCUAAAGACGGGCUAUAAUGUACCAAAGAAAUUGUAAAAGGAAAUUUUAAAGAUUAAUGGGGAAAAUGUAGGGCUUAUUGCAGUGUAUAUCAUUGGUCAAGGUCUUCAUCUUUUCUAUACUUAAUAGCUGUUUGAAAAU